AUGGAGUACGAUAUUAAAUUUCAUAAAAUUGAUAAGUCAAUAGAUAAUGAUAAUGCUAAAAAACUGGGUAAUGGUCACUGGUUAGAGUUACAAGAAAUCGAAUACAUCGAUCCAAGCACCAAAAUAACAAGAAAAUGGGAAGUUUGUAAAAGGAAAGGUUCUACAGCAACUAAAGAUAAAAAAAGCAUCGAUGCCGUUGACAUACAUGCUAUCAUACGGGAAGCGAAUAAACCACCUCAAAUUAUUUUGGUGAUUCAGUUUCGGCCACCUAUUGGAAGAUAUUGUAUAGAAUUUCCAUCAGGUCUUAUUGAUGAAAAUGAAACACCGGAAACAGCAGCGCUUCGUGAACUUCAAGAAGAAACUGGAUAUUAUGGUCAAAUAAUAGGAAUAUCAGAACCUAUUUGUUACGAACCUGGGUUGACAGAUUCGUUGACUAAAAUUGUUGACAUGGAGAUUGAUCCGACUUCAAUCGAAAAUAUCAAUCCUAAAAAAAGAUUGGAAGAUGAUGAAUGGAGCUUACAAACGAUUCAAAUUCCUUUAGAUGACUUAUACGAUACUUUACAAAGUCAGAACGAUUUUUUUUAUUAA